AUGGCUAUCGCUACCGAGGUACCGGAGAACAACGGCAAACCACACCGAGUCCUUCUCGUCAGUAUACCUCGCACCGCCUCGAAUCUUUUCUUGAAGAUCCUCAACAUCCACAACCAACCCAACGUCCUCACGAGCCAAAAGGGCGGAUAUUUCUUCUACGAUGCCUUUAUGACGGUCAGCAGGGACGGUCGCGUCGACAAGCCACUAGACGAAUGGACAACAGACGCAAGGAGCGAGACAAAGGCCAUCAUUCAACGGUGCUUCAACAAUCUAGAAGACUACUCGACCCGAGCCCGCUCCGAGAACAAGAUUAUGUUCGCGAAAGAGCACGCCUUCUGGUUCCUCAAUCCGGGCUUCUUCACCAGCCCUAGUAGCAGCGCCCCAAUGCCCUCGCCCGAACAACUGGAAGAGUUUCGCGUAUCCAUGCCGGAUCAAUAUGGUCCCUCGCAGACAUUCUCUGCCAAUAACAAAACCGUCUUGCCGGAUGAAUACCUGCGCACCUGGCAGAUAGCAUUCAUCAUCCGUCACCCGGCCCUAGCUUAUCCAUCGAUGUACCGUGCUAUGCAGAAGUUGUCUCAAUCCGGUUUCAUCGACGACGACGAUAUUAAGGGAAUGUCGUUCACGAAUAUGAGUUUGGAAUGGACCCGGAAGUUGUUUGACUGGUGUCUUGAGCAACCGGAUGAGCCUGUCACGCCUUUGGUCGUCGAUGCCAAUGAUAUUAUCCAUCAUCCCGGUGCUGUGGUUAAGUUCUGUGAAAAGACUGGCCUAAACACUGCUUCGAUGCAGUUUGAGUGGAAUAGCUCCGAGAAGUCUGUGAACGAGACGCCUGAGAGUGCAGAUUAUGGUGAGCCUGCGGAGCUGACGUUGCAUCGGAAUGCUUCUUCGAUCAUGUUUUCGACUUUGGCGGAGUCGACAGGUGUUGUCAAGGACAAAGCUCCGUUAUCGGUUGACGUGGAUGCGGAGGUUGCCAAGUGGCGCGUCGAGUUUGGAGAUGAGGUUGCCGAGCUGCUGGAGAAGGCUACUCGAGAUUCCAUGUCGGACUAUGAGUAUUUGAAGGCGAACCGAGUUACUGUAUGA